CCUCCCAGCAUCCUCUUUCGAACGAUUGUCUCUCUCUUCACGUGCGCAGUAAUCAAGACUUUCAUCGAUCCUAUCAUCAGGUAGGUGGCGCAAUGCGCAUUCUGGUAGGUGCCAGCGCGGCUUGCGUCACGCAGCUAUGUCACAGCCACACCGGUGAAGGCGUCGCAGUCUUGCCGCCGUGAUUUUCGAUUUCAACUCUGCUCAUCUUCUUCUUUCGAGUAUUUCAUCAUUUCAAACAUGUCCAAGAUACGGCUUCUCAACGUGAGCACGCUCGAAUUCACCGAGUUCCCAGACGACAAGACGCGGCCAAAGUACGCGAUUGCGUCGCAUAGAUGGGGAGUCGACGAAGCUACGUAUGAAGAUGUGAAGGAGAAGCGCAACGAGAGUAAGGACGGAUACCAGAAAAUCCAAGCGUUCGCGCAGUAUGUGAGGGAAAACACAAGUGGUCUCGAUUGGUUAUGGAUCGACACUUGCUGUAUAGACAAGAAAAACGCGGUGGAGCUAUCGUACGCGAUUAAUUCUAUGUUCAAGUGGUAUCGCAACGCAGAGGUCUGUUUUGCCCACCUCGCUGGAAUAGCGUCCUUGACACAGCGGAGCGAUAUAGGAAGCGAUGAAUGGUUUCGCAGAGGCUGGACACUACAAGAGCUGCUCGCUCCACGCUUGGUUGUUUUUUUGACGAAGGACUGGGAAGUAAUCGGCAACAAGGGAUCUUCAUUCCAGUUCUACUCCGGCACUGAUGUCGGACCCGAUGUUGUAGCAGAGAUCUCGAACAUCGUGGGAAUACCUGAGCGCGUGUUGAAUGAUUGGGGUGCGAGCCUCACGAUACCUGUUAGGGACAAGAUUCGCUGGAUGGAGGGGAGAAGAACAACCCAAGAGGAAGAUAUAGUAUACGCUUUGUUUGGAAUCGUCGGAGUCAUGCUAAAUGUCAACUAUGGAGAAGGAGAGGACAACGCCAGAAAUCGGGUCCUCGCUGCACUGCGCCAACGCGAUGAAUUCGAGGAUGAACGCAAGGAAAAAUUCCAGAAGAUCACAGCGUGGCUUCGACCUUCUAAUCCAUGGACGAACCAUGAAUCUGCACGGAAAUUGCAUGAGCCUGGAACUGGAGAUUGGCUGCUACAGACGGACGAAUAUCAGGCCUGGAAAUCUGCAGAUGGACCGCGAUGCCUCUGGCUUUACGGUGGCGCCGGGUGUGGCAAAACGGUUCUCUGUUCUACUACCAUCGAAGACAUGCAGGUGCACUGUCGAGGCAACGAUGAAUUUGGAUAUGCAGUGUUUUAUUUCACGUUCUCAGAUGAGAGGAAGCAGACUUAUGAAAGUUUAUUGAUCUCUCUUCUUGCACAGCUUGGACACAAGGAGCCGGCCUUCUCGAUGCUUCAAACCUUGUAUGACAGACCUGACAAAAGAUCCCCAGGGCAAAGGGAGCUCGAACAAUUAUUAGAUGCAGCAGUAAAGUCUUACAAGCAAGUCUUCUUGCAUCUGGACGCGCUCGAUGAAUGCCCCGAGGAAGAUAAUGCCCGACGACGUAUACUAGAAGGAGUAGGAAGACUAUUACUACAAGCACCAAAUGUGCACUUGAUCGCCACAAGUCGAGAUGAGCUAGAAACCCGCAAUUGCAUGGACCGACUCGGAGCCAAGUCUGUUAGUCUCACUAGCAGGCUUGUUUACCCUGACAUACAGCGAUACGUCUUGAAAGAAUUAGCUAUCAACCCAAAACUUUCUCGGCUCGAUCCUGCUUCGAAGAUCCUGGUUGAGCAGACCCUAACACGAAAGGCUAAUGGGAUGUUCCGAUGGGUCUUCUGUCAGAUCCAAGAAUUGAAUAAAUCGAAGUCCACCCGACCAAGCUCAGUGGAAAAGGCGCUGCUGAAUUUGCCUGCGACCUUGGAUGAGACGUACGAGCGGAUAUUGCAGAACAUAUCUGCUGAUGAUCAGCAAUAUGCACACACACUUCUUCGAUGGAUCGCCUAUGCGCAGCGUCCUUUGAGUCUGCGAGAGUUGGCCGAAGCGAGCAUCGUCUUUCCAAGUGAAGACGCUUCCGGCAAUGACACUGUAGCUACCGACGACCGAGGCGGCUGGGAGGACGCUCUCAGUAUACUCGUCGGACUCAUUAUCGCAGUCCGACCCCCUCGCCGUAUUGAGGCAAGUAUACGUCGUACUCGCUGGGAUGAUUUCGAGAUGUACUACGAUCAGGAUUCGAAUUACGAACAACAAACCACGCCACACACAUUCAUACGAUUAGCGCAUUUUUCCGUCAAGGAGUAUCUCGAAUCUCCGCGCAUCGCACACAGUGUGGUGAGACGCUUCCAGCUGGAUCCGGGCCGAGAUCAUCGAUGGAUCACACAAAGCUGCCUCGUAUACCUGAUGCAUUACAGUGAUUUUACGCGAAAGACAUCGCCUGAACCGGUUCUUGAUGCAUUUCCUCUGUUGAGGUAUGCUGCGAUGACGUGGCACCGCCACGCAUCGCUACAACAGUCGCCAGAUCAUACCCGAGAAGUGCGUUUUCUCACAUGCAAAUCGUAUCGAAGUGACUGGCGCAAUCUGCACAAUAUUGAUAGUGGGGACCCGACCUCUGGUCCUUAUCGCGGACCACCCCAUGGUAUAGGGGGUUCAGUAUACUACGCGAGCAUGCUCGGUCAUACCGACGUCGUUCGAGCGCUUUUAGCUGCAGGCGAAGAAGUCGACGCGCGAGGAGGCCGACAUGGCAACGCGCUGAACGCUAUAUCAUUCAAAGGUGACGAGAGAAUGACACAAAUAUUGCUGGCAGCAGGUGCAAAGGUGGAUGCGGACGGGGGAGAGCAUGGCAAUGCGCUACAGACUGCGUCUACGUUCGGGCACGAGAUGGUGGUGCGAAUGCUGUUAGCCGCAGGCGCGGAGGUCAAUGCACAAGGUGGGCAGUCCUGUCAUGCGCUUAAAGCUGCAAUUCGAAGAGGACAUGAGUCGAUCGUGUCGAUGCUGUUAGACGCCGGAGCAGUCGACAAAGAGAUGGAGGAUGAAUUGGCAGCUAAGUUUCCGCGUAAAUGGGCAAGGGAUGAAGAGAGGGAGCACAAGAGGAGGGACAGUAUUCUCUUUCGCGCGCGUCGCAAACGGCACGAAAUAGCGUACGCUCGUGAUCCUAAGAGCAAAAUAUGGACAGAAGCAUUAGAGGAACGAUGAUGUUGCCUUUGCACGUGCGUCGCAAACGGCAUGAAAUGGAGUACUCUCAUACCCUUGAAUGAACACUGAACAGCAAAUUGCCGACUCGAGAACCAAAGAGAACUCAUCAUGAAACGACUUCACACACACACCGCGCACG